UAAACUGAUACGUAUUGUGUAUAUCACGCGCGUUAAAUGUUACUAAUUAUUAUUAAUAUUAUUAUUGUCAUUGUAACAGAUCGGUUUUGUAACAUAUCGUUUGACUGCGUCGCGCGUCGCGCGAGGACAGACGCGUGUUUCUUCCGAAGCGAAUGAUGAAAAUGUUCUUUCUCUCUUUCUCUUUCUCUCUUUCUCUCUCUCUCUCUCUCUCUCUCUCUCUCUCUCUCUCUCUCUCUCUCUCUCUCUCUCUCUCUCUUUCUCUCUCUCCAUUCUCAUCAUUCUCGCACAUUUGGUCUCACGUGUGUAAAUCGUAUUGUAAUUAAGCGCAAACCAACUAGGAAUUGUACAUUGUAACCGAACGAACCGAUACAAAAGAAACGUUAUGUAUUCGCGAGAAAUUGCAUUUGCCAUUCGGUUGUGGACAUAGAACUUAUAGAUCUUUAUUGUAUCAUUAUAUAUAAAUAGAUUAUAUAUAUAUAUAUACUUCGUAAAAAUUUAUUGUAAUAAAGUACAAUCAUUCCCACUGAUUGUCUGUGUGUCGUUUCACUCGCGCCUAAGUAUCUCGGUAACGUCUUUUCGAAUACACAUGAGUGCGCAUCAUCGUUGCACAUUUGCAGAUUGAAGAUCCAUGCACAAGGAAGAAGAACGUCGCGGUUUGUUAACUGUUUUUCUCGAUUGCUUCCGAGAACCAAUUAUCGUGGCAACAACGCCUUCCUUGUUCCCUCGCAUUCUUCCUUUUUUCCUUCCCGCAGUAGACUACGACAGCGGAGCGUGCAUUGUCCUACUUUAGGCGAACUUUACUUAGGCAAACGCGAUUCUACUUGAAGUGCAAAGGAGAACAAAAAAAUUCGACAACGUUUUUCCUGUCUUCAUUCUUCGCUAUCGUCCUCACGACAGCGAAUCAAUGAGAUAACGCGCGAUAUGAAAAACGCUUAUUAUGUAAUGCUUAAAUGUAACAAGAGUUUGCAUCUACAAUUAUUAUUUCAAAACGUCCUUCGCGUCGCACUUAUUAACGUUUAAAAAAAGUUUAAAGAAACGGCAACGUUUGAGUUACUUCAAUUUGAGAAAGUCAGUGACUGAGACAAAGUGAGACAGCGUAGCGGCAGGAGUGUAGAGUUCACGGAAUUGCAUGAUGUUGCUGUGAUACUACAUCUCUAAAUACGCAGUUCACGUUGUGCUUCCAGCCAGUCACUCGCGAUUAAUCGCGCGACGCGGGUCUGUGAAUGAGAUAUUUUUAGCGCGAGGUGCUGCUCCGUUGGUGGUUUCCUCACGCGGUGACGGAUAAGAAGACAAGCGGCACGUAGUUUAACAGAAGACGCGAAGCCAGAUUAAGUCGAACUCGGCGAUUCGAUAGUCUUUUUGAUAAUCUUCAGGUACAUAACUUGCCGAGACAACGCGUACUUGCUGCACGAAAAAUCAGGUAAUUCGAGCAGUCGACAUGGACAUCGUUCAAGAUCCGUAUCUGAGACACCUGUUUGAUGGCGAUCCGGUGUUCAAUGUUUACAAUCAGGAAGCCACGAACUUGUCGGUUGGCGCACCUGGCCCGGAUCUAUUAAAACAUUGUGUGGAAAUGUUGAAUAAAUCUACAACGCAUAGAUUAGAAGAAGAAAAGAAGGGAAAAAAGUAUUAUCUCUUUCAAUACGGCGCCACAGCUGGUCUCUGGGAGUGCCGCGAUGAAUUAGCCAAGUUUUUAAGUAGACGAUACGGUAACACGGUAAUGAGAGAACACCUGAUAUUGACGUGCGGGGCAUCGCAUGGUCUUCAACUUUUGUUGAAUACCGUGCUCUCGCCGAACGGUAUUAUCUUCGUGGAGGAAGUUACGUACAUGAUCGCGCUUGAUGUUUUCAAGCAGUUUCCAUUAAUGAGGGUAAUCACAGUGCCUAUGCAGGAUGGCGUGGUAAACCUGGAUGCAUUCGAAAAGAUAGUAAUUGAAGAGAGAGCAAAGGGCAAUUUUUUUCUUAACGAUCAAAAGAUAUUCUGGGCGAUGUUCUAUACGAUACCGAUUUUUCAUAAUCCAACCGGAAUGACGUUAUCAUCCGAUCAAUGCAAGCGCUUAGUGGAGAUUGCACAAAACAAUUCUAUAUUGGUAACCUGCGACGAUGUGUACAAUUUACUUUAUUACGGACAAGGACUUCCGCCAUUACGCUUGAUCUCUUACGACAAUCCUCAGGAUCCAAAUUACAGAGGCGGGAACGUCGUGUCGAACUGCUCGUUUUCCAAAAUCUUUUCGCCAGCGAUUCGUUUUGGAUGGCUUGAAUGCAGCCCGCGUGUUGUUAACAUUAUAAAAACAUGCGGUAUACUAUGCAGCGGUGGUGGAGUAAAUCAUUAUGUUUCCGGUAUAAUUACGAGCAUGCUUCAUGAGAAUAUCGAAGACGAAUAUCUCAAUAAAAUCAUAGAGAUCUAUAGAGAGCGAUUAAAUGCACUUUGCGCAACUUUAGAUCGAUUUCUGCCAAAAUGUUGUUCAUAUCGGCGUCCUGGAGGUGGUUAUUUCGUUUGGAUUAAUCUUCCUUUAGACGUGGACGGUACAAAAUUCAUCAAAUGGUGUCAAAAGGAAUAUAAAGUAUCAGCGAUACCAGGUGCUCGAUUCUCGCACACAAAUGAAGCAAAGAAUUAUUUACGUAUAAGCAUAGGCUUUCACACAAAGGAAGUUUUGGAAACUGCAACGCAAACUUUGUGCAAAGCACUUUUAACAUACAUCAGACAAAAGAUUGACUAACAAUUCUAAAUGAAUAUAAUUUGAUAAAAUCGAGAUAAAGAUGGAUAUGUAUAAUAUUGUCUUUUAAUAGGUAGAAGUACCUAUUAAAGUAGAAGAAAAAGUUACAAUUGCAAAUAUAAGUUAUAUAAAUGAUAAAUGUCACAAAUAAAAUAUCAAUUUUAGCAAACUAAAUAAAUUAAGAAGACCAA